AAUAAUGGAAGAAUCUGAUUUUAAAAAAUAUAGUGAGGAAAUUGAUAAAUUAAAAGAAGAAAGGAGAGGACUUGUUGAAUUAAUGAACCAAAUGAACCAACAACUUAGCAAACUUGACCAAAAAAUUUGUGAUUUGGAAAAGAAGAUGGAAGAUGAAUUUAAAGAGAAACACGGAGAGUCUUCUGGUGGAGGGAAAAGAAAAUGUGAAGAUACAUCCACAGAAGCAGUGGAACGUUCAGUCAAAAAAAUUCGACUUGAUGUUAAUAAAGAAUCUGAAAAUGUUAAGGAAGAGGUUGAAGAUCAGGGGCUUGUUGAGGUUUGUUAA